AUGUUGGAAGGUAUUGGAUUCAGGGAGAAGGCACGAGUAGAAAAGACUAAGAUCAGAGCUACUUUCAAACGUAACACUGCAGUUUCUCGUAUCCGUGCGAUCCACGCGCAGUCUUUACACGUUGCAGCUCAGCCUAACGAGAUUCCCAAAUUUUUAAUUGCUGCCACCGAUUAGGAUCGGCUGUGAGCGCAUUUCAAGUCGGAAGAUAAUUCGGUUCUGGAUAGUUUGAUAACGCUGGGUGCGUCCGCAGAUUAUUAUUCUGAAUUUUCCACAGAAAUAUGUGAGCUAGUUAUUGCCUCUAAAACUAUCGUUAAUAGUAUGCCUUUCCCAGUUUUUGACAAACCAAACGAGAAUGCGCAGGUCGUUCAAUGGUUAUCAUGACCCCGAGAUUCCAUUAGCGAUAAAUGGGGGAGAGCUAAUCGGAUAGCCUGUUUUUCGAGAUCGCUAUACCGGUCUCAUUGCCAAACGUUUCGAGCUUUCAAAUAUAGAACGAUAUUAUUACUUAUUGGGUUGCCUCAUCGGUGAUGCUCUUAACGCCAUACAAAAUAUUCCUGUUUCUGACGUGACCUAUGACCUCGCUUGGUCAACACUAUCCGAACGCUUUGAUAAACCAAGGCAGUUGGCGACAGUUCGAGAAACUCCUCUCAACGUUCAAUGGUCGAUGGACGAUCUAAAACGAUUUUUAUUUUUGUUUUUGGACCAUAUAUCAGUACUGGAAUCUUUGAACAUCCCUUCUUUAGAUAAACUGUUGUUCGCAUUGUUCUCGCGUUGCUUGCCAUUGUUCAUUCGAAAAGCCUUUGAGGCAACUAACAAAAGUGAGUUUUCGGUGUUGUCAGAAAUCGUCACCUACGUUAAAACACAUGUGUCGCUCUUGGAAGCCGUUGCUUGUUCUAGACUUCCGACACGUGACCAACCGAAAUCUCUUAUUUGUCGUGUUAAUUCUAAAAAUUCCAAAGUGUCAUUGAUUGCCGCGAAACCCGGAACCUCAAUCCCCCCAAAAUGCUUGUUUUGUUCGGGAAAUCAUCCUUCUACUAAUUUUUCGAAGUUUUUCCAGAUGUCAUUAGAUAAAAGAUAUGAAGUCGCUCGAAAGAUUAAGUUGUGUAUCCGUUGUCUUGCCUCCACUCAUUAG